AAUGCAGCGCCUCCCACAGCGGUGGCGCGCGCUCCGAUCGAGAGGCUUUUGCUCGAAUGCUCACGCGCCUGCUGCUGCGCCAGCCGACGAGAAGCCUGGCGCUUGGAAAUGGGGAAUUCGGAAGCGAAUGUGGGAUUUGAUCGAGAAAAAGGGCAUUGCUUUGAUGCCGAGGCCGGUGCACAACACAAUUCCGAAUUUCCGUGGAGCCGGCAAGGCAGCUGACAAGGUGCUGCUUCUGCCCGAAUAUCGAGAGGCCCAGUUCGUGAGCGUGUGCCCGGAUGCGCCGCAGAGACAAGUGAGAUUCAUAACACUCAGGCAUAUGAAAGUGCUGCUUGUUCCUCCACCGGGGCUAAAGAAGGGCUUCUACGCGGUUGUGAGCCCGACGUACUUGUCCUUCUACAAGAUGAGGGAGACCUCGGCACGCAUUGAGGGUGAGUUGCUGGGAAAAGAGCUGGGGCUUGAGUCGGAUUUCAGGGUCGACAUUCUUGUCAUCGGCUCGGUUGCGGUGGAUCCAGACACUGGUGCUCGCGUUGGCGUUGGCCAUGGAACUGAGGAGCUGGCGUACGCGCUGCUUCGUCACAAGAAAAUUAUAGACGAGUCCACACUUGUCGUGACUACAGUCCACGAUAAACAGCUCGUGAAUGACAUCCCCGUGGACAAGCUGCUCCCUUACGACCUUCCAGUCGAUAUAGUUUGCACACCAAAUUACAUCUAUCACACGAACACCAAAAUUCCAAAACCAACCGGAAUUUACUGGGACUUGCUUCUGCCUGACAAAUACCUCCGCGUGAACGUCUUGCGGGAGCUGAGGGAGAAGAUCGGACAAGAAACUGGAGAGAAGCCGAAACUAGCGCCUACGGGAAGGCAAGUCCGUCCAGGUGGCAAAGCAGACGGGCCUUCCAUCUCCAUCACCGAGCUCAAUCCCAGCAUCACCGAGAAGGAGCUCGGGCAGCACCUACAAGGCAUGGGCUUACGAGUCGACAGCGUGACUGUCUAUCAGACCGCCUCAAAGAAAGCGUCCGCCAGGAUAGUGAUACCCGAGGACCUCAGUGCCGAGAAGUAUGCUGCUGCUAUCGACAUCCAUGGUUGGGUCAUGCAAGCCAAGCCGACUCCUCCGAAAGCCAAGCGUGAAAAAAAGGUGUCGGGCUGAAAGUCACAGGGCU